UUACGUUGUAUAAAUGAGUUUUUUAUGGUCCUUAGGCGAAUUAGAUUGGGUCUGCUGUUAGAGGACUUAGCAUAUAGAUUUCGUAUAUCAACAACAACAUGUGGCGAUAUUUUCAAUAGGUGGAUUGAUUAUCUAGAUAAUCAGUUAUCUGUUCUUGUCAUGUGGCCCAGCAGAGAUGUCAUAGAUAGCAAUAUGCCUGAAAUUUUUAAAGAUAAGUUUCCGACGACAAGAGUCAUCAUAGAUGCUACAGAGAUUCGAACGGAGACACCUUCAUCAUUAAAGUUAAAAUCUUUGAUGUACAGUGACUACAAAUCACAUAUGACCUGGAAAUCUUUAAUAGGAAUUAGUCCAGCUGGCAUUGUCACUUAUGUAUCAGAUCUUUGGUGUGGGAGUAUUAGUGACAAGCAACUCACCAUAGAAAGUGGGUUAGUUGAACUCUGUGAACCAGGAGAUUCUAUUAUGGCUGAUAAGGGCUUCACCAUAUCUGAUUUGACCACCCCCAGAGGAAUAAAUUUGAUUAUACCCCCAUUUAAGAAAAAGCAAGUGAAAUUUUCUAAACAGGGUGUUAAAAGAACAAAAGGCAUUGCAAAUGCACGCAUUCACGUAGAGCGCCAGAUGGAAAGGAUCAAGAAUUUCCGAAUUGCACAAGGUGUCAUUCCCAUCACCAUGGCUAAUCAGGCAUCAAAGAUAUGGCGAUUAUGUGCAAGAUUAACAAACUUACAA